CCGCCGCAGCACAUGGGAAGCAAAAGUUUUCCUCCUCCUCCUCCUCCUCUUCCUCCUCCUGCUGCUGCUCCUGGUGCUGCUCGGUGCCCUCCGCCCGCUGCCCUCGCCCCGCAGCCCCUCCGGGUCGCCCCCCGAGGAUGCUCGGGCUCCCCUCGGACGCGGAUGUCCCGCCGGACAGCGAGGAAUAGAGCCCGGCAGGAGCCCCUCCAGGGCCGGAGGGAGCGGAGCCGAGCCUGCGCUCGCAUCUUCCGCAGGGAUCCGCGGAGGAAAGGAGCCGCUGGGCCGAAAUAACCAGAUGCUUUAGCAGCGCCGGCGAGGCUGCGCUGCACCGCCGCUCCGGCCCCGCCAUGGGCACCGGGAUGUGCUCCAGGAGGCAGAAGGGGCUGCUGCAGACCGCCUUCUGCCUGCUCACCCUGGCCUGCCUGGCCUCCGGAGUUUUCCUCUACAACCACUUGCAGCAGAAGGUGCGGAGCGCCGAGGCGCUGGCGCAGAAAUACAAACAGCAGCAGGAAGCGCUGUCAGCCCAGCUCCAAGUGGUGUACGAGCACCGCUCCCGCCUGGAGCGCUCCCUGCAGAAGGAGAGGGCCGAGCACAAGAAGACCAAGGAAGGUCAGAGCCCAAAGCCCCAGAGCGCUGAAAAAUGCAGAAAUCAGGGAAAGCAAGACUCCAUGAACAGAUAUGGGGCCCUCAGCUCCCAGCACAAGAUCCUGAAGAACCAGCACGACGAUGUCAAGAAGCAGCUGCUGGACCUGCAGCUGCAGCACAACAGCCUCAGACUGGAGCACAGGAAGAGCCUGGAGAGCCACAGCCAGAAACUGGCCCAGCUGCAGCAGGAGAAGGACAGCGAGGUCACCAACCUGCAGGACACGGUGUUUAAACUCAGAGAAGAGAGCAAGCUCCUCAGGAAAGCCCACCAGGAGGUUCACUCCCAGCUCCUCAAUGCCCAGGCUCAGAUGGAAGAGUUCAGGCAGCUGAAGGAAGCUCUCCAGAAGAUGCCAGGCUUGAGAGGAGGAGGAAGAGGAGGAGGAGGAGGAGGAGGGAAGGGGCAGCAGCCCCUGGUGCCAGCCAGCAGCCAGCUGCAGCCAGGGAGGCAGGAGGGUGUGAGGAUGGUGAUGCACAUCCAGGUGAGGAGCCACGAGCAGAGCCCAGCUCCUGGGCUGGCCCAGGCUGGGGCAGGACAAACCUCCCCAGCAGAAAAUCCCCCCGUGCCCGGCAGCCAGCAGCCAGCAGGCAGCAGAGAGGUGCCACUGCAAAGCUGGCAGGGCCUGCCUGGCACCCCCAGGGCCCCGCUGCCAGCCCCUGGCAAUGGCCAGGCUGCCCCCAGGGCUGGGCACAGGGGCAGCCCCAGCCCCGGGAGAGGCGCACAGCCAGCGCGCAGGGAGGACGAGGAGGAGCUGCAAAUGGAUGCAGGAGUCAUCGGCAGGGAGGUGCACUCCCAGAAAGAGCCCGUGCUCCAGGAGCCCAUGAUGCCAGAUGAUGCUGCAGAUCCUGCCCAGGACCCCAAUAACCAGGGUGAGGAUGAGUUUGAGGAGGCUGAGCUGGAGAGACCUGACUUUGAGGAGAAGGUGGGAGCCUCAGAGAAGUUCAAGGAGCCCAGUGUUAAAGAAGAGUGGAAGGAGAAGCCACCAAAGGAUGCUGGCAGACCUGCCAAGCCCAGGGAAGAGCCACUGGAGGAUUACCAAGAAGAUCAGGAGCAAGAAAUUGAGGAUCAUGGAGGGGAGGUGGAUGACAACGACGACCUGGAGCUUGUCCAAGAGCAGAAGGACCGUGUGGGAAGGCAAGGAGCUGCUGGCAAGAAGGAUGACUACUUCUGAGAGCUGCUGGAAAAACGGGAUACUCCAGGAAUGAGGGGAUGGGAACUCCUCUGGGAACUGCCUCCUGAGUUAAACAGUGCCCAGAGCAAAGGCAGGAGGAGGGAACUCUCUGCAGGCCCUGGCAGGGGGUGUGCAGAUGAAAAUCCCAUCAGUGUGGGGCCCCUGCUGCCUCUCAGAGGUCUCUCAGACUGGGAAUGAUCUUAUCCUGCUGCUUUUCUUAAAGCACUUUUUGAUUUACUGUGGUCUUCACCCUCUUGUUUUUCACACCCCCUUUCGAAGCUGGAGAGGGGUUUUUUGGCUGUUUUUGGGGGUGUUUUUUACCCCCCCUGGGCAGCAGAGGGGUGCCUGAGCUGGUCCCUGGACUCACCCGACUGAUCUCUAAUACAAAGGAAUCUGUCUUGAUAAA